AUGGCGCUGUGCGGGUGCCUGCGGGCCGGCCGGGCGCUGCUCCGCGCCGCGGGGCCGCCCGCCCGCGGGGUCUGCGCCGCCGCCCGGCCGCCGGCCUUCGGGUUCCUGUUCGACGUGGACGGGGUGCUGGUGCGGGGCAGCCAGCCCGUGCCCGCCGCCCGACGCGCCUUCCAGAGGCUGGCGGACGGCAGCGGGAGGCUCCGGGUGCCCGUCGUCUUCCUGACCAACGCCGGGAACUGCCUGCGCUCGGACAAGGCCCAAGAGCUGUCCCGGGCGCUGGAGAUGCAGGUGUCUCCGGAGCAGGUGAUUCUGUCCCACAGCCCCCUGCAGCUCUUCAGCCAGUUCCACCAGAAGUGCAUGCUGGUGGCCGGGCAGGGGCCCGUGGAGGAGAUUGCCCACAACCUGGGGUUCAAGCACGUGGUCACCAUAGAGGCGCUGAGGAAGGCAUAUCCCCUGUUAGACAUGGUGGAUCAGAGCCGGAGGCCAAAAGAACUGCCUCCUCCAACCACUGGCUUCCCCACUAUAGAAGGGGUGAUUCUGUUUGGUGAGCCAGUGAGGUGGGAGACAAGCCUGCAACUUAUUAUUGAUGUACUCUUGAGCAAUGGGAACCCUGGGGCAGAGCCACAAGAAGUACCAUACCCCCAUCUACCUGUCCUUGCCUGCAACAUGGAUCUCCUGUGGAUGGCUGAAGCCAAGAUGCCCAGGUUUGGCCAUGGCACUUUCCUUCUCUGCUUGGAGGACAUCUACAAGAAGGUGACAGGCAGGGAGCUGAAGUACGAGGCGCUGAUUGGCAAACCCAGCACAGUCACCUACCACUACGCCGAGUACUUGAUCAAGCAGCAGGCAGAGAAACAGGGCUGGAAGGCUCCCAUCCGACGCCUCUAUGCAGUUGGGGAUAACCCUAUGUCUGAUGUCUAUGGGGCAAACCUCUACAACAACUACCUCAAGUCAGCUCAGCAGAACCAGGUCCGGGCUGGGGGGAAGAGGAACCCACAGGCAGCCAGUCCCCAAACUGAGGAUUACCUGGAGCUGAGGAAGGACUGCAACAGUUCAGUGGAGAGCUGCCAUUCUAUUCUGGUCUGCACUGGGGUCUACCGCCGCGACGACGGUGUUCCCAGCAAAACAGAGCAGUGCACGACCGAGGCGGUGUUCCAUGGACAUCGGGACUUCUGCUUUGAUCCCAGCCUGGUGGAGGCGUCUUACAUAGUGCAGGAUGUGAAUGAUGCUGUGCAACUUGCUUUCAAGAAAGAGAACUGGAGCUAGGGGCCGAGACAGGUGUGCCUAAAGAUCUGCUGUAGGGGAUUUUAUGUACUGGAAAGGGAAGAGGGGAAGAAUGGGGAGAGACCUGGAGUGAUCUGAUCUAGACAACAUGAAAGAAAACUAAAGCACUAAAAGCCCCUUUUAUUGAUACUCCUCUGCAAUCCUGACAGCUGCCCACAGGCUUUUGACUGUGACGGUACAUCAAUAAUUGAGCCGUAAUGGAAACAGGGUAUAGGGAGAAGGCUUGUCCCAGCAGUCCCAGUUUUGUUCAGCCAUCAGAGUUCUUUCUUUCCCACCCUUUGUGUGUGAAGAUCAGGCAAGCCCACCCUCCUCCUCUCAAUGUAUUUGAGGAUGAAGCUCUUUCCCAUGCAAGGAGCCACCAUCAGCCACUGUGCCAUUCCUGCAGUGUGCUGUUUGUCCAGUCUGUGACACGAGCACACCAGAAGCUGUGCUGUGGUGGCACUGUGCCAAGAGAAGGCUUUAAGUCUUAACAUUCUCCUUGUAAAGAGUAAGUGCCUAUGGACUUUAACAAAUUCUGUUUGCUCGGGGAUUUGCCACUGCAUCACUGUCAGUCUGAAACAAAGUCCUCUUUUGCAGUCCUCUGGCAGCUGUGGAGAGGCAAGGCCCUUCAAAGGAAGCUGCAGUAGCCAGAGCAACUUGCUGCAGGGCUGAGGUGAAAGUUAUAUUGUUCACUUCUGCCUAUUUAGCAUUCUGUGAACACUCCUACCUUUUCACAUCCCACUAGGGAGCCAGCGGCCUGCUCUCAGAAGCAGAGGAAACUACCACAGAGUCUGAAUUUCCAAAGUUGUCUUUGCCCAGGACUCAGUGCUGCAGCAAGAGGCUCUUUUGGCACCCGCCCUGACCCAACUGUUGCAACAAACACCCACCUGCUCCAGCUGGCACAGCUUCUAAGAGGAGCCCUUCACUGGAACAAAGGUUAAACAGAAAGAGUCACAGUCCACUUUUGCUCCUUCCUUACAGGCAAGGAUUUAAAAAGAAGAUCAAGCCAGGAUGGUACCAAAGUCCCAAAUCCCCAGUCUUCAUCUUUAAGAAUACAAACGUCUCUCUGUAUUUGACUUCUUUUCUUCCUCUCAUGUGAUUUGCAGCUCAGGGAUAUGCAUAUGGUCUGACCUCUGUUCCCUCCUCUUUCUUUAACAUGCAGGUAGAGUCCCCCUAACAUGAAUUAGCAACUGGAACUUGCCUACCCAGGAACAUUUCCAUGUCCCUAACAACAUCUACCUUCUGUUGCCUCUGUUCUCUUGGCUCAGGCUGUCCAGAGAAAGAUCAAGACUUGUGUCUCUGUAGACAUUACAAAGAAGAUGAGCAAGGAUUGCAUGAGAAACUCAUGUGAAAGAUUGGCCCAGCAAAGAGUAUCUUAAUUCUAGAGGAGCAUUGUGAUUUUAGAAGCACAUAUCAGCCUGUGCAUAUGGUGAAAAGCCUUGGAGCCAACACAACUGAGUUGGUGUUCCUAGUUCUACUCAUCUCACACAACACUGAAAGAUCAGAAAUAGAUCUGCUCUGCCUCUUCUUCCCUCCCUCCUGCUUUACCAGGCAGCUCCAUACACAGGGUACAAACAAAAUGUUCUGCACAGAAGUUUGAGUUCUUAAUUCAAGUCUCAGCAUCCAUGUGCACUGAAGUUCUGCUUCAGCAGCUCUCUGUCCUCUCAAUACUUACGUGUAUUCCAAGAAGGUCACUGCAGUGCAGGCUCUGUUCUUUUGUUGUGCCAGACUCUGCAUCUUGAAGAGGACUGGAUGCUCUGUCAGUGACCCAGGCAAAAGAAAUCCUUCUCUGUGGCUUCUUUCUCUAUCCCUUACUUUAUGAAUAGGGGCAGAAAAAUCUCUCUUUGCAUGAAUUUUCCUCCUGUGAAAUCCAUAGUGGGAAGUUUCUUCCUCUCUUAGCACUGCUUGGAGUUGUCCUCCUUUGUCUCAUCAGGACAAGAAUCACUUGGCUACUUCUAAAAGCAGCUGUAAUGUGAGAAACACAGAUUAGAAUCCUUCCCUUUCACUGGAGAGAAAAAUUACCAUUUCAUCCAGUUGCACAAGACAAGGGCUUGUCUCCAGUAUCCAGAAGAGUUAGCACAGGGAAGGACUUCACAUACAACAUAAGGAAGGUCCUUUCAGCUUUCAUUGCAUCUCCACGGUCACAGUUGUGCUGUAGGCCCAGAGUGCAAGGCCUGGAACUGGAGAUCCAAAACACGUUUAUUCAUAAACUAGCUCCAGUGUCCCUCAGCCUUGCUUUUCAGAGGUGCCAUCUGAUGCAGAAAGAGGAAUGCUCCCUUUGCUUGCAGUAUUGGGCUGGUUGCUGGCAGUAAAUGUGAGCCACACCCUGCGUGGGGUAGGCACUCACCUGCAGAAAUACCGAGGUCUGUCCACCUGUGUGUGCAGCAACCCUUGGCAGGGCUCUGUCCUGUUACUUGUAAAAACUGUGGUGCUGCUGGUUACUCAAAAGACCAGGUGCUGCUGAACCAGCCUUCCCUUAGGGGUGAGAAAUCCCAAGCAGUAAUUUCCUAUCAGCAUGCAUGGCACAUCCCAGCCAGAAGCGAGGUAGGUAGCAGGAGGAGGGAGGUAACACCUCUUUCGAGACAGGAAGAGGUUUGCAUUUGCACAGAGAGUGAGCCAGGCAUCUCCAUCUUUGGAAUACAGUGGAGGUGAGCUGACUGAUGUGAAUCUGCUUCAGAUUCCAAAUCUGCUUUUAGCUCUGGAUUUGUUUUUUUUCACCAUGUUACUGUUGAAACAGUCUUCUGGGAGUCUUAAAAAUGCGUAGGAGGAACUUCAGUGAUAAGGAAUUUAAGAAAUGCUUUGCUUGCGAGUUGAAAUUGGACAGAAGGGAGGAGAGGGAAUCUAGAAGAAUCUCGUACCCUUUCCCCCAUUUUUACCAAGUAAGGUUUCAUAAAAGACUUUGCUUGUUGCUCUGUGCACUAAUUAGCCAAACCCUUGGUCUGAGCAACACAAAGACCUUUCCCCUCUUCUCUUUCUCAGCUCCUUAAAACAGUGCACUUUGUCCAAGUCCCUGCCUAGGAAUUGUAUGGACCCAGUGGAUGGAGUAAGAAAUCUGGCUUCUCCAGCUGCUGUUAGACACUGACUUGAUUCUGAAAGGUCUCUAUUAAUGAAAGUGUUUGCCAGGUCUCUUCUGUUCCACGAGUUUUGUGCUAGAGUGCUGUGCAGGCAUCUAGCUUAUCUGCAGUUCAUUUAUAGACAUCUGUUACUGCUAGAAUUCAGUGAAAUCUUUUUUCCUUGGAACUGUAGCUUCCUGGAAUUAGCUUCGAGUGUGGCCGGAACAAAACUCUUCCUUUGUCUCACGUAUUGCACAGGAGUGGUAUUUCUGAGGCCAUAUUUCUGUAUUUGGAGUGAGCAUACUGCACUUCUGUGCAGAUUAUGGGACCAAGCUGAAGAGGGGACUUCACUGCUGAUCCAAAACCUUAAUAUUUAUGUGGUGCACUGCCCUAUACAACAAACAGGGUGAAGACCUGAUCGUAACAACUCCAUCUUCCAAAGAUGAACAGGUUUAAGUCAAGCUUAAAGGGAGUAUGCAGCUGAGAACAGCAGGAAGGAACCAAAGGAUAGACCUUGUUUUGGAUCUGAAGUAGAGAGCUUUUAUGUCAUGCAAUAACAUUGUGGCUAGAGAAGUCAAUUCCUUUAUUCCACAGGACACAUGCAACUACUAACAUGGCAUUCAGGGAGUCGUAUAGCACUGCUGUUCCCUUUCUUCCCAUCUUAAUCCUGCCAUGUCUUUCUCCCUUUAAUAAAUGGGUAAUGUUUCAGAUUGUGUCCUGUGCACUGUAGCAGAGUGAUUACAUAUCAUUCAGAGAGAUCAGAAGCUGUGAUUAUUUUAGAUUUCAUGUUAAUUUCAAUGCAGUUCCAGAGUUGCUACUUUGAUCUAGAACAUAUAUAAAAUAAUAAAAGAUGUUUUCUUUGAAAUAAAUUUUAACUUGCAGUGUGUACAUUUAA